AUGGCUGGUCGUUUCUCUACCACUGACGCGCCAACCAUCAACUUUGACCGAAAGACUUCCAACACACCCCCCUCUGUCCAUGGGGUUGACUCGAGAUCAUCUCCUCCAGCCUCCGUUUCUGGUAGCGGUGAUGUCAAAAAGGACGAUAGUGACGAGUCAUCCACAGCCACCACUCAAAGUGCUCAAGAAAACUCGCAGCAACGGCGGUGGCAGCAACAGCAGCAGCGCCAACAAGAGAAAAAUGAAGUGGAUAAGAACGUGGAGUAA